UUCUUUAGUAAUAAUAGCUAAUUGCCUGCCUCACUCCGUCGCAUCGUCGUCGUCGUUUAACGGAUAAGCAACCAUCUCUUCCUCCACAAAAACACAGCGACCUCUCAUAUCGAUAAACAAAAAUGGCACAAUCCUGCAUCCCCUCUCUCAGAUUUAACUCUCUCGCAUUCUCUUCUACAAAAAGCCCUAGUUCCAUAUCUGAACAGAACUUCCACCCCCUUCCUUCCAGGAAAGCAAGUAAAUUGAGAAGUAAUCAGAAAAGUGUUGGGACUUGUUCUUCUUCUUCAGUGAAAGCUGUUUAUUCUGGUGAUUAUUCAUCAUCAGUGAACAAGAAUUUGAGGCAGGGAGUAUGGUCCAUUAGGGAGGAUGUACAAGUUCCAUCAUCACCCUACUUCCCGGCAUAUGCACAAGGUCAAGGGCCACCCCCAAUGAUGCAAGAACGGUUCCAGAGUGUUAUCAGUCAGCUUUUUCAAUAUAGAAUUAUCCGUUGUGGUGGAGCUAUUAUUACUAAAGAAACAAGAGCUUAA